GAUUGAAAACACCUUCGGGAACCUUCCUACUUGACCGGUUUAAAGGGACGACUUAUUUACCCUUCAUUCCAAUUAUCUGCUUACUGUGCAACCUCUCCGUUUCAACCCCGGGGCAGCCACCGAGAAAGCCACACGCUAUCACUAUUAUUAUGAUUAUUAUUAUUAUUUUUAAGUAAUCUGAAGCUUAUAGGCAAUUCAAAGAAUUUCCUUAUAAAGAACUCCCAUGUAUCUUUGAUAAGUGAGUUGCAGCAUCCAGUUCAGACUCACGGGCUGUUUUCAGCUGGGAUGUCUUUUUAGCCUCCUUCAGUCUGGAGCAGCUUCCAGCUUCCCCUGACUCAUGACUUUAUGACACUUUUGAAGAAUCUUGGCCAGUUGUUGGCAACCACCCUGGAGCCAUGGUCCACGCCUUCCUCAUUCACACCUUAAGGACCCCGAAUGCUGAGAACACAGGCUUUUGUCGAGUGCUCUACUCCUGCAUCUUUGGAGCUGAGAAUUUACCCAACGACCCACGGCCACAUGGUGCCGAGAGAAAGAGGCUUCUCCGGAAGGAGCAGAUUUUGGCGGUAGCCAGGCAGGUGGAGUCCAUGUGCCAGCUGCAGCAGCAAGCAUCCGGCCGGUCCCCCCUGGACCUGCAAACCCAGUCCUCAGAUGAGCCGGUGCCCCUGCAUGAGGCCCCACGUGGGGUCUUCCGCCUGGCAGCAGGAGACCCUUUCCAGGAGUCUCGGACGGUAGUGUGGCUGGGUGUGCUCUCAUUAGGAUUCGCCCUGGUGCUGGAUGCCCACGAGAACCUGCUGUUGGCCGAGGGCACGCUCCGGCUGCUGGCACGCCUCCUCCUCGACCACCUUCGGCUGCUGACCCCUGGUACCAACCUCCUGCUGCGGGCUGACCGCAUCGAGGGCAUUCUCACGCGCUUCUUGCCCCAUGGUCAGCUUCUCUUCCUCAAUGACCAGUUCGUCCAGGAUCUGGAGAAGGAAUUCAGUGCUGCCUGCCCCCGCUGACCCCUCAUUGGGAUGGGACUUGCCAAGAGGGCAAGGAGGGAGGCCGGGGACUGACAACAGCCAGCAGAAGCUUGGCAUCUGCUUCCUCCCCAGUUCCGGGAUGCUGCCACUCCUGGGACAAAUGGAUGGGACAAGUUGGCAGAAAAGGGGACCAUGCAGGGGGGGAGAGAUGACUGCGCCUGGCCUCAGGCAUAACAGAAUACCCUGUGCCUGCAGCUGCCACAUGACUUGUUAGACAGCUAUGGUGGGCCAGCCUGCUUCCUCUUGACUUCACUUCUCCCAUCCCUGCUAGCCAGCCCCACACGCCUUUAGCUGCUGGCCGGGGUGGGGAGGAGCAGCUGCUUGGAACUCCACUCACUUUCUUCCAAACCCACAGCCAUUGCUGUGCAAAGAAGUCUCAGACCCACAGGGUCGGGGAGCUGGCCCCUGCCUUUGCAACCUGGGGUGACAUCAUCAACGGGGUUUUAUUGGUGAGGGCCUGCUCGGUGUCCCGCCCCACCACAGGUCACAGGUUUUCAGCAGGGAGAUUCUGUGACUUCCUUUGGGCCCAUGCCCCUCUGGGCAGCCUUAUAAUAUUGGGCUUUCCCAUCUGCCCCACAAAGUGACACCAUUCAGGAAGGGUAGGUAUUCUCUACGUACCCAGGCACUGUGGCAUUAUGACAGGAAGUAAAUUCACUGUGGUGGGCAGACUGAGCCACUUUUCCAGAAAAAGGCCAAAAGUAUGAAGAAGAUUGUGCUGAGACUUGAAUGCAGUGAGCCCAGCUGCAAAUCCCAGAGGAGGCUGCCAUGCAGAAGCGAGCAUUUUGAACAGGGAGAUGAGACAAAGGGCCAGAUGAUCCAGUUCUAAAUAAGCUUCAUCUUUUGUUUGCUCUAGAGACGAUACAAUCCGCAGGUGAUGUUCACAUCAAAAAGAAAAAGACAAAUGAUGGGGUGCCUUCAGCCACAGGAGGGAAGGUGCCAUCAGGUCUCGCUUUUCAAUUAAAAGCACUGGCUGUGAUUUCACCCCUUGCUUCUCUGAGAUCAGCUGAUGCACAGCUCCCAUGAGUGCUGCCCCUUGUGACCCUGAAGCUGGGAGCCUUCAUGGUCAAGGCCUCUGGGGGCCCAUGCAUAGUAGUCAUGUCCUGAUAACCUCACAGAGGCGCUGGGGCUGUGGCUGUCUCUCCUACUCCCUCCCCUCAGUGUUGGGGCUGAUCCCAGGGCAAGUUUCCUGACUUUGCACCCAGAGGAAGCCCUCAAGAAGGGCCCACACAGUGGUCAGACUCAUAGAGAUAUGGGGAGGGCAUAUUAGAGAGUCUGUAACCACCAGCAGCUAGUGGUGGUUUAACAUGAUUCCUUUGGUGGGGGGGGAAAUCCCCCACUUUACAUCUGUUUGCAUGAGUUGGCUGUUACCUGUGAGGUUCUUCCUGAGUGGUCAGGGAACAGGUCAGUCCCAUCUGCUUGCCAAGUGUCCCUUGCCCUUUGGCACCCAGGAGGGACCCAGCCACACCCACUUAGGAGGCAGCUUUUUUUUUUUUUUUAAAGAUUUAUUCACUUAUGCAUACAAGAACUGGGGUACAGGCCAGAGGUGUGGGGGUGAGAGGAUUCACCAGAAUGGAGUGGGGAGCAGAACAGGCAGAACGACUGAAAUACACUGCUGAGGGGAGCAGCGGGCGAGUCAGGAGAGGUCUGCUGCACCAUGUGGGCAGCUCCUUGGCUGGGGAUCUAACUCUCACAGGCUUAUUAGGGAAAGGAAAAGGGACAGGUUUGCUGAGAGAGGCCUGCAUGGUUGCAGGCAGGCGGCCUUGAGAAGAGCUGCCUCUGCUAAGGGAGAUCAGUGAAGAGAAGUGCCGGUAUGGUACAGAUCAUGGGCAGCCAGAAAGCUGCUGCCCUGCAGAGGGAGAGAGUUGGUGAAAAGAGGCACCUGCAUAGUCACAGGUGGGCAGUGGGAGUGCUGCCCUGAGCCAGUGCAGAGACUGCACUGGUAUAGUCCUUUUUUCUUUGGGAGGGGUCACUCCUCCGUGGAGUGGCCUGCUUGUUGCUGAUGUUGAGUAAGAGGCAAAACUAGAAAGGGACCAGAGAUUCCGGGGUGGGCCCAAUCUCCAUAUCUUUACCCUCAGAUCUGUGCUCCACUCCCUAGAGCAGUCUGAUCCUGCUUGGGUCUCAUGCCUUGCGCUGCAGCAGCUGCAGACAGCGUCACAGCUUGAGUCUUAACCCCCUGCGCCACCAGGGAGGCCCAGAGGCAGCACUUUUGAUCAGGUUUUUGCAUUUUUAGAAAAAUUUAUUUUCACUUAUACAUACAAAAACUGGGGUGCAGGCCAGAGGUGCUGGGGGUGAGAGGAUUCACCAGAGACAGAGUGGGGAGCAGAACAGGCAGAUAUACUGAAAUAUACUACCGAGGGGACUAGUGGUUGAGCAGGAGAGGUCUGCUGUGCCAUGUGGGUCAGCUCCCUGGCUGGGGAUUGAACUCGUAGAUUAGUGGCUGCAGAUAGAUUCAUAGUGCUGAGAUACAACUCCUUGUACCACCAAGGAGACCCUCCAUGAGGGCUUUUUUGUCAGUCUGGGUUUUCUACAUAGACAAUCACGUAAUCUGUAAACAAUUUUCUUUCUUCUCAGUCUAUAUAUCUUUCAUUUCCUUUUUCUGUGCAUUAACUAGGGCUUCUAGUAAGUGUAGGAAGGUAGUGAAAAGGGAUAUUCUUGGUUUGUUCCUCAUCCUAGCAGGAAUGCUUCUAGUUUCUCACCACUAAGUAUGUAGUUUUUGUAGCUAUUCUUUAUCCACUUGAAGUUCCCUUUUAUUCCUAGGUUGCUGAGAGUUGGAUAGCAUGACUGUAUGUACUUUAAAAAGAUGGGGUUCCAUCUUCAGCAGCUCAACUCAGCUUCAAAAUCACAAGCCCUCAUGAGACAUGAUUAAUAUUUAGGCAAGUCUAGACUGAUGUCUGCGAGCUGAAGGGCACCAUAGAAAGAUAGAGCCUUCCAUAAAAGAAGAGAUGGAAUUCUUGCCAUUUGUGACAACAUGGAUGGAGCUGGAGGGGAUUAUGCUAAGCAAAAUAAAUCAGAAGGAGAAAGACAAAUACAAGAUGAUUUCAGAGAAACAAAACAGAGGGUCAGAUAGAACCAAACCAAUAAUAAAGCCUAAAAGUCUGACUUUCGGAUAAUUGACACUACUAGAGGGGGAGGGCAGAGUGUGGAGGGGACCUAGUGGACUGUGGUGGAGGACUGUGGGUGCCUUGGUGGUAGUUGUGGUAUAGAAACACACAUCUGAAGAGGUGUGAUCCUGUAUCUGAAUCAGAUACAGUGUUGAAAACCACUGUUACCUCAAUUUUAAAGUGUCAGCAGGUAGCGAUAAUAAAAAAGUAGAUGACUCUGGAAGGCUGUGUGUGUGUGUGUGUGUGUGUGUACACACAUAUAUGUAUAUAUAUGUAUAUUGUAUAUAAAACCUUCUAGAGGUGAAUCAUAUAUUCCCUUUUUUUAAGAAGAUUUAUUUAUGCAUAUAAGAGCUGAGGCGUAGGCCAGAGGGGUGGGGUGGGGAGCAGAACAGGCAGGUCUCCUCAAAUACUGCUGAGGGGAGCAGUGGGUGAGAUACGAGAGGUCUGCAGUGCCAUGUGGAUCAGCUCCCUGGCUGGGGAUCAGGCUGCAAUGGCUGGUGAUAGCUUUGUAGUGCUGAGACUUAACCCCUUGCACCACAAGGGAGGGCCCCCCAUAUAUUCCCUUUAAGAGGCAGAUAGAGCUUAGCUCAUUUUGUUGAUAGCUUUUUCCAUCCCUGCCAUUGCAUAUGUUUAUUGUGUCAUUUAAUAGUUCCUUUUUGCAACAGGUCAUAAUACCCAGGAGGGUUUUUAUUGUGUCUCUGGUUUCUGCAUUACACCCAAACACCUGGCACUAUGCAGGCACCCUUAUAUAUGGAACAAAUGAAUGCAUCCAUGCGUGAAUGAAUAAGUGAUUUAUCGGUGACCCUGGGGACCAGGGACUCUGUACUAUCACUAAGUAGCAAUUGUUUUCUUGUGAAGCAGACAGAAACAGAAGCCUGUGUGUGUUAUAUAUCAAGAUGAUAUAUUAGGCCACAGAGUGCCUUUCCCAGAAGAUAAGCUGCUUGUUCCAGCAAAGGCAGCAAUCUUGUAGCAUUUGUAAGUUUCCUGCUACAAGCCCCGUGGUUCCCAGGUUAUGCUGGCUGGCUUUCUACACAGCUACUCUGCCACCCUGCUGUUUAUGAGAGGAAGGAUCUUCCCCCUCAGUGUUCUGAAAAAGGUGAGAGUUACCAUUUACUUUGUCACAGGCCUGAGACUUCUACCCCCAGGCAAGGCAAGUGAAAAAAAAAAAACAAAAAAUGGUCAAGACUCCCUCUCUUUGAAACAGUCACCUGGGUUUUCAUAGCCUGGAAGGUUAUAAAGCACGACCUUCUGUAUCCACCACAGUUAUACAAGCCACGCCUGUUUGAGAGUCCAGAAGUCUUUGAACUCCACCUUAAGCUAGAGCCGAAAAUAGCAUUUCCUUUUUGGGUAUUGCUUGGAAUUGAUACUUGAUCUGAACUAACAGGGCAUUAAAAUCCUUCGGCAGCUCUCUGGCUCAUGUGGCCUUACAAAUGAAGGAAGUUCUGGAGAGCAAGUAAGUGGAGCCUUCCCUGACUUGGAGAAGCCCUGAGGUGGGUGACUGAUAGCAAAACUCCUAAGUAGAAAUCAGUAACUUUCCUCUGUCCUUCAGGAAUGAGUUAGUAAAUAAAAUGUAAGCCAAGAUCCCAUUUAGGAUAAAGACAAAAAAUAUAAAAUACCUAGGAUCAGACAAUUUGAAAUUAAGAAGACCUAUUUUGAAGAUUUUGCAUCAAACGUUUAUAAGCUGGAUCUCCUUGGUGGUGCAGGGGUUAAAGACACUGCUAUCAAGCUAUCCAGCCACUGUAGUGGCAGGCUAUAGCUUGAUAGCCCAAACCUGUCCUUUUAUUUAUUUUUUUUUUUCAAACCUGUCCUUUAAAAAUGUAGAAAACAAAAACAAAAAACCAAGGUGACCUCAGGGAGCCAGAGGACUCAGAGGGCCUUUAUUGUAAAAAGGAAAAUACUAGGGCCUCCCCUGGUGGCUUAGCGAGCGCUGGGCUGCGAAGCUCUCUGCAGCCUCUGCAGUGCCAGUUCGAUCCCUGGCCACCGGGCACCCACUGCUCCCCUCAGCAGUGUACUUCUUCGUCAGUCUGCCUCUUCUGCUCCUCACUCUGGCUCUGGUGAAUUCUCUCACCCUCCCGUGCUUGAUUGUACCCAGUGCUUAUAUAAUAAAUAAAUCUUUAAAAAACAAAAAAAGAAGUGAAGCUUCUCCUGGACUUCAGGACCCUCAUUAAAAAAAUAAAAAAUAAAAAGUAAAAUAAAAAGGAAAAUACUAGAAGAAAAGGCAACAGAGGGACCUUCCUGGUGGCGCAAGGGGUUAAGUUGCAGCACUAUGAAGCUAUUGGCAGCCACUGCAGUACAGCACAAGUUCAAUCCCCUACCGGCCAGGGAAUUGACCCACAAUGGCACAGCAGACCUCUCCUGACUUGCCCACUGCUCCCCUCAGCAGUGUAUUUCGGUCAGCCUGCCUGUUCUGUUCCCCACUCUGUCUCUGGUGAAUCCUCUCACCCCGAUACCUCUGGCCUAUACCCCAG